AUGCUCCGCCAACGACAACCCGCCGCCGCUGCAUCCGCCCCUGAUUACUCUCAAAAGGAACAGAUACCCACCAUGGCGGCCGCGACGACGACUACCCUGGACAACGAGCACCGUCCGCUGCUCCCACGCCACGAGGACGACGUACGCAGCAGCGGCAGCAGCAGCAGGCACCCCACCGAGCCAGACCACAACGACGACGACGACGACGACGAGACGCCAGAAAGCAUGUCUUGGGCACGUCGCAACCAAUGGAUUGUGCUCGCCGUUGCGAGCGGCGCCUGCGCUGCGUUCAACGGCGUGUUUGCGAAGCUGACCACGACUGAUCUCACAACAACGAUAUCGCAAGCGAUUUCCAACUUUCUUCAUUUACAAAACAUUGAAGGUGCCUUCGAGGUCGUCCUGCGAGCCGUCUUCUUCGGUCUCAACCUCGUUUUCAACGGCAUUAUGUGGACUCUCUUCACGAAAGCCCUCGCCAAGGGCCAGUCGACGACACAGGUCUCCAUCAUGAACACGUCCUCCAACUUCGUCAUCACCGCCAUCCUUGGUCUCGCCAUCUUCUCUGAGGCCCUGCCGCCGCUGUGGUGGGUCGGCGCUGCCAUGUUGGUCGCCGGUAAUGUCAUCAUCGGCCGAAAGGAUGAGGAAGCCGACAAGCCUGGUGGUGAUUACGUGCCGGUGCCCCAGCAGCCCGGCCUCGCCACCGUUCCACUAGACGGCCCGGACGAGGACAAGGACUCUGACGACGAGGAUAUUGUCGAUUUGGGGGACUUGAACUCGCCGGAGCCUCGGGCGUGA